AUGGAGGCCACCCUCACGAGGCACUCCGCCACAAAGGGCUACAUAGACAGGUUCUGGGACAACCUUGUCAAGGUAGGCAAGGACAAAAUCACCCAGGCGUACCUUAAGACCAGGUUGGCUCUGUUGGAGAGUUACUGGCAACGCUACCAGGAGAUUCACUACGACAUAAUUGGCUCUGAGGGCGCUGAGGUGGAGGCCUAUAAGGAUAGCGACGACUAUACCACCACGGAGGACAGUUAUGUGCUCUUUAAGGCACGGAUAUUCUCCGCGAUGAAGGAGGAAUCGCCGCGGCCGAAGCAGGAGAUUUCGGCUCCCGCGGUCUCCUUCGCUAAGCAGAUCCAUCUGCCGAAGAUCAGCCUGCCGACCUUCUCCGGGGACCUGCUGGCAUGGGAAAGCUUCCGAGACCUCUUCCAAUCGCUAGUCGGCGGUGUUCCCGACCUAGCCCCUGUGCAAAAGCUGCAGUACCUCAAGUCCAGCCUAUCGGGCGAGGCUGCUGCGGCUGUCCUCAACGUGGAGAUGACCGACCGUGGUUUCGACUUGGCGUGGACUGAAUUAAAGGAGCGCUAUGACAACCGACGAGUCUUGCUGGCCACUCACAUGCGCAACUUCCUGAAUGAGCCAUCGAGCGCGAAGCCUUCCUCCGCUGACCUUAAACGGCUGAGCAGUUUCGUGUUGCAGGCCAGAAGGUCGUUCGAGUCGCUUGAACGUCCGAUCGCUCAUUGGGACGAUUGGUUCGUCCACGUGGUGGUCGAGAAGAUGGACCCGUCGUCGCGCCUCUUCUGGGAGGCCUCGUUACAGACCACCACGGACUUCCCGACACUGGCCCAACUCCAGGACUUUCUGCAAACUCGCAUUCGGGCGCUGGAGGCAGCCAGCGUCAAAACCGUCUCGCCAGCCGUCGCUCCGGGCCGGAUCGAGAAGAAGAAGGUGAACGCGCUCACGGCGUCUACCACGGGCAAGUCAGCUAGCCGCUGCGGUCUUUGCCAGGGUAACCACCUUUUUAAUUAUUGCUCGCGUUUCAAAGCGCUCUCAGUGUCCCAGCGACGGGACCACGUCAAAAAGCAGGGUGCGUGCUUCAACUGCCUCCGGCUAAAGCACGCGGUGACCGAUUGCCCGUCUAGCUUUCGGUGCUCGCGCUGUGGCGAGAAGCACCACGCACUGCUCCAUCCCCCUGAGGCUGACUCCGCCUCGGGACAAGAUUCUGCGGCAAAGGGGAAGGACCCCGGCCCGACUUUGAGCGCGACCACCGAGCCCGCGGUGACCACCAACGUGGCGGCGCUCACGAGCUCUUCGGGGACCCGGAUCCUGCUGUCGACAGCCCGAUUGGUUGGAGGCCUCUUUUGUGACAGAGCGGGUCGCACAGCGUCUCGGCCUGAACCGGAGGCGCCACGUAAAGUGCAACCGCACGCGUGGCCCCACCUUGUGGGCCUGACGCUCGCCGACCCAGAGUACGACCAGCCCGCCCCGGUGGACGCCAUCCUGGGGGCGGACAUCUUCAGCGCUCUUCUUCGAGAGGGACUCAAACGGGGGCCCGAGGGAUCCCCUUCGGCUCAGGCUACCGCCCUGGGCUGGGUACUUAUGGGACGAGUAUCCGCUCCAGCAGCGACACAGGAUCGCUCAGGCGUUUCCGUCCUCCACCUAUCCGCCUCUGGGACUGAGGUGGACCACGCCCUCCAGCGCUUCUGGCAGCUUGAGGAACUGCCAACGGAACCCGCUGCGUCUCCUGAAGACCUCUGCUGCGAGUCUCAGUUCGCGGCCACUCAUAGUCGCGACUCGCGGGGCCGGUACACCGUGCGGCUGCCCAGGCGUGACGGCUCCGACGUUCGUCUGAACGACAACCGCCGGGAUGCGCUGAGUCUUCUCACCAGCCUGGAGCGGCGGCUGUCACGCAACCCCACCUUACGGGAGCAGUACGCGACCUUCAUGGACGAGUAUCAAAAGCUCGGUCACAUGGUCGUUGUUCCGGCGACGGAGGUCCACCAACCCGGGACCCAUUACCUGCCGCAUCACGUGGUUUUCAAAAAAUCGGACGCGAACAGCAAAAUUCGCGUUGUCUUCAACGCGUCCCACCGCACCUCUUCCGGUUACGCGCUUAACGAUCUGCUCCUUCCAGGUCCGAAACUGCAGUCCGAGCUCUGGGCGAUCUUGUCGCGGUGGCGCCUCUUUAGGCACGUUUUCACGGCGGACAUCGAUUUCCGCCUGCUGACGGUCGUCUAUGGCACCGCGGCGGCGCCUUACUUGGCGCUACGGACUCUCCUGCAGUUGGCCGAGGACGAAGGGCCCUAUUACCCCCGCGGGGCGGACGCCAUUAGGUCCCACUCGUACGUGGAUGAUAUCCUCGCAGGCGGUCACACACUCGCGGAAGCCGUGGAAUCCAAGCGGCAGACCGAGGCGAUCCUCGCCGCCGGUGGAUUCGAGCUCAGCAAAUGGGCGUCCAACGCGCCGGAGCUGGGCCCUGUAGCGGACAACGAUAAGUUGUUUUGCGACCGCGAGGGGGUUUGCACGCUGGGGGUCCUGUGGAGCCCUCGGGAGGACAGCUUCGCUCUACGCUUGGCUCCCGUCUCGACAGCGCGAACCUGCACCAAGAGAACAGUGCCCUCGGAGGUGGCCCGCUUCUUCGACCUCCUCGGUUGGGCCGCUCCAGUCCUGGUGUACGGGAAGAUCCUUAUGCAGGACUUGUGGAUGGCCGGGCUGCCUUGGGACGAGCCUUUGCCGGAAAACCUGAGGACGACUUGGACAACGUUCGCUUGA